AUGAAUAUUCAUACUCAGAGUCCAUGUAAAACAUCUUAAGAAGUCUCUGAUCUUUCAAAAGCUUCUGCUAAUUAAAAGAUAUAAUCCUAAAAAAUUACAGAUUUAGAAAAUACCAUAAAACAUCUUGAAUAAACAAAUAAAAAAUUAACUGAUCAACUAAAUGAUUACAAUAUUGAAAUGAAUAAAGAAAAACAAAAAUUGAAAAAUUAAUAGAGUGUCUCUACUUAAAUUCAAAAUCAAAAGGAUUAAUAAAUUCAAAAAUUGAUUGAUGAAAACUAAAAGUUAGUUAAAACAAUCAAAAAAAUAGAAACUGAUGUACGUAAACUUGAUUAAAUCAAAGAAGAAAAUAUUAAUUUAAAAUAAGUGAUUUAAGGACAAUCAUAAGAAAUUGAAGAAUUGAAAUAGAAAAUACCAAAAAAUGAAGAUAAAUUAACAUCUGAUGUAGCAUUAGGAGUAUUAGCCUCUAAAAGAAGCUAAGAAAUAUUAGUCUUAAGAAAUGAGAUUUAAGAAAUUAAAUAAAAGAAUUAAGAUCUAUAAUCUAAAUUAAAUACUAUAUUAAAAGAAAAUUAAUAAUUACAAUCAAUAAUCUAAUUCGAUAAUCCAUCAUAAAGAUUACAUUCUUAAGCCAGUUCAUCAAAAUAAUAUAAUUCCUCUGGUAAAAAGUAAGAUUAAACUAAUAAUAUUUUAAAUGAACAGAUAAAUAAAUUAUAAUCAGAAUUGAAAGAAGCAAAACACACAAUCGAGAACUUGAAAAAAUAAAAUAAUUUUAGUAAUACUCCUAUUAAUAAACCAUAUUCUAGUAUUAAUAAGAGCAAUUCAAAUGAUAAAAUAUAAAAAACUUAAUCUUUCAAUAAUGCUGAUUUUGAUAAAGAUAAAAGAUUAAGAGAUCUUGAGGAUUAAGUAAGAAAACUUGAGUUUGAAAAAUAAAACAUAGUUUAAAAUAUUAGAUUAGAAUCUGCUUAAGAUAUAAAAUAAUUAUAAGAUAAAUUAAGAGAAGAAUAUGAAGCUAAGGCACAGUUAGAUAGAGAAUAAGAAAAACCAACUCAAGAAUAAGUCAAAAAGUUAAAUUAAGAUAAUCAGAAAUUAUAAAUCAUUGUUUAAAGGUAGAAUAAAGAAAUCUAAAAUAUGGAAAAAAAAUUAACGGGUAUUUAAAUGUUUAAUUAAUUUAAUAGAAUUAUUAAUUACUUAAGAAGAUAUAUAAUAAAGUCUAUAAAAAGAGAAAUAAUUUUAAGACUAUUUAAAAUAAGAAAAGAUAAAGCUCUAAGAUUAAUUGAAAGAAAAAUAAAAGGAAAUUAAUGAACAUAAGGAGGAUAUUGUGAAAUUAGCAAAGGAAAGAUCAUAAUUAAAAGAUUUAUUGGAUAAAUCCAAAUCUGAUUCUAGAAUAAACCAAAGUCAAGCUAGUAAUAGGCCAAUAAGCUAAAAAAGUGAAAUAAGUAAAAGGUAAAAAUGAU